AAUGUCAAAUUGUCAAACAAAUUUUGCGAUUCAUGUCGCGAGCGUUCGGCGGCUAGCAAUCUAGCAAUUUCUUAAAAAAAUAGUAAAAUAACCUUUUGAAAUCAUGGAUUCUAUGAGGGAAAAGGCUUUUCAAGAUUACCGUAAGAAGUUGAUGGAGCACAAAGAGGUGGAAUCGAGGCUAAAAGACAUGCGAGAACAGUUGAAGGACCUCACUAAACAGUAUGACAAGAGUGAGAAUGACCUAAAAGCUCUGCAGAGUGUGGGACAGAUAGUUGGUGAGGUGUUGAAACAGCUGACUGAAGAGAAGUUCAUAGUGAAAGCUACAAAUGGCCCCCGGUAUGUGGUGGGCUGCCGUCGCCAGCUGGACAAGAACAAGCUGAAGGGAGGCACCAGAGUGGCACUAGACAUGACCACUCUUACCAUCAUGAGGCAUUUGCCCAGAGAGGUAGAUCCUCUGGUGUACAACAUGAGUCACGAGGACCCGGGUGACGUCACGUACUCCGCUAUUGGUGGUCUGCAGGAACAGAUCCGACAGUUGAGAGAAGUUAUCGAGCUGCCUCUGAUGAACCCAGAACUGUUCGUCCGUGUGGGUAUCACUCCGCCCAAGGGUUGCCUGCUGUACGGGCCGCCGGGGACGGGCAAAACUUUGCUAGCCAGAGCCGUCGCCUCACAACUGGAUGCUAACUUUUUGAAGGUAGUGUCUUCGGCCAUUGUGGACAAAUAUAUCGGUGAAUCGGCGCGUCUCAUUCGUGAAAUGUUCAACUACGCGCGUGAUCAUCAACCCUGUAUCAUAUUCAUGGACGAGAUUGAUGCUAUUGGUGGCAGACGUUUCUCCGAAGGUACCAGCGCUGAUCGUGAAAUCCAGAGAACCCUGAUGGAACUGCUGAACCAGAUGGAUGGCUUUGACUCGCUGGGCCAGGUCAAGAUCAUUAUGGCCACCAACCGACCUGAUACCCUCGACCCCGCCCUACUGCGCCCUGGUAGACUGGAUAGGAAGAUCGAGAUACCCCUGCCUAAUGAGCAGGCCAGGCUAGAAAUCCUCAAGAUCCACGCAGCCCCGAUCGCCAAGCACGGCGAAAUGGACUAUGAAGCGGUAGUCAAACUCUCCGACACGUUCAACGGCGCGGAUCUACGUAACGUGUGCACUGAGGCCGGUCUGUUCGCUAUACGUGCGGAGAGAGAGUAUAUAGUACAGGAGGAUCUAAUGAAAGCGGUGCGUAAGGUCGCAGAUAACAAGAAACUCGAAAGCAAGCUGGACUACAAGCCCGUCUGAUUACACAGCAUUUAUAUUGUCAUAGGCCCAUCAAAUAUUGUCAUCAUUAUUCUUUGUAUUCGUAUUAAAUAAUGAUUUAUUUA